AUGACGAAGAAAUCAAUUUUGAACGCUUGCAUACUUGAGGAAGUCUUGAUCGAAAUCCUUGCAAGACUACUUGUGAAGUCUUUACUUCAAUUCAGGUCAAUCUGCAAAUCUUGGUACUCCUUAAUCACCAACCCAAGUUUCAUCACCACACACCUCAAUCGAACUAAAUCAAACCACGCUAACAAACUACUCAUCAAGUUCAAAUCUGAGAAUCGAGAUCGCUGCUUGUCAUUUACCGAUGACAAGACAUUUGGCGAUGAGUUUGUGAAUUUUGAAUACCCAUUUCAAAACUACAACGAAUUUUUCAAGAUUGUUGGUGCAUGUGACAGGUUGUUGUGCUUAUCGGAUUAUUAUGGCUUAGACUAUGCUGUUCUAUGGAACCCAUCAAUUAGGAGAUUCGUGACACUUCUUGAAUUUGGUUCUUCUGUAAUCGAGGAUUGUUGCUUGCUUUGGUUUGAUUUUGGAUUUGGAUUCAACAGCAUGAGUAAUGACUAUAACGUGAAAUUGCAUGUGCCUUUGAUGAUCAUCGCUUCUAUGUUGUGCAUAGGGUGGAGCUUUUUGUGCUUAGCACAUGUUCUUGGAGAUCCAUUUGUAUUGGAUUGUGUUUGUAUUUUGGCAUUUGAUAUAGUUGACGAGGUGUUUAGGGAGAUAUCUUUGCCAAACCAUCAAAUUGAUGUGAAUGUUCGUACAAACACGUAUAUUACAGUAUUGAGAGAGUCACUUGCUGUAAUCAUCUAUGAAGAUGAUUUUGCUUCUAUGAAAAUGAUUAGGACUAACCAUGUAUGGGUAAUGGAAGAAUAUGGUGUCAUAGAGUCAUGGACUAAACGAUGCAGAAUCAUUGGGAAGCAGUUAUUGUUGACGAUAGUGGGUUCUAGGAAGAAUGGCGAUGUCUUAAGGGUUCAAGAUGUGCAAACGGGGCUGAGGGAGUUGGUUCAAAUUCGUUGUCUUGCCAUCACGAUCCUAGUUGAUAGUGAUCGUUCCUUUUGGUAUGAUGGUCGUCCGAGAUUGGGUUCGGAUCAUCUUACUCUUUGGUUGAUCGUGGUUGAUCGUGAUCGUGGUUCAUCUGGUUCGCCUCCUUACAAACGCUGGUCCAGAUACGUCUCUUGGACCACUCUGGUUAAUUUCUCUAUUUGA